UGUGCGCCUGCGCAGUGAGGCGAGUCUGACCUUCAUUGAAGUCACCAUGUUCGCCAGGACCACCGCGGCGCUGUUUUUGCCACAAUGUGGCCAGGUCAGGAACAUGGCUACCUUGAAGGACAUCACCAUCCGGUUGAAGUCCAUCAAGAACAUCCAGAAAAUCACCAAGUCCAUGAAGAUGGUGGCCGCAGCCAAGUACUCCAGGGCUGAGAGGGCUCUGAAGCCAGCCCGCGUCUAUGGAACUGGAGCCCUGGCUCUGUAUGAGAAGGCGGAGAUCAAAGCUCCGGAGGAUAAGCAGAAGCACGUGAUCAUCGGCGUGUCGUCCGACCGAGGCCUGUGCGGAGCCAUCCACUCCAACGUGGCCAAGGCCAUGAAGAGCGAGAUCAAUAGGCUGGCUGGGUCUGGCAAAGACGUGAUGGUGGUGAGCAUAGGAGACAAGCUGAGAGGCUUAUUGUACAGGACCCACGGGAAGCACUUCUUGAUCAACUGUAAGGAGGUGGGCCGCAAACCUCCCACCUUCGCCGACGCCUCCCAGAUCGCCACCGAGCUGCUCGACUCGGGCUUCGAGUUUGACCAGGGCACCAUCUUCUACAACAGAUUCAGGUCUGUUAUUUCAUACAAGACUGAUGAAAAGCCCCUUUUCUCCAUGGAUACUGUGGCAAACUCGGAGAACAUGAGCAUUUACGAUGACAUCGACGCGGACGUGCUGAGGAACUACCAGGAGUUCGCCCUGGUCAACAUCAUCUACUAUGGCAUGAAGGAGUCCACCACCAGCGAGCAGAGCGCCAGGAUGACCGCCAUGGACAGCGCCAGCAAGAACGCCUCCGAGAUGAUCGACAAGCUGACCCUGACCUUCAACCGCACCCGCCAGGCCGUCAUCACCAAGGAGCUGAUCGAGAUCAUCUCUGGAGCCGCCGCUCUAUGAAUGUGGGAAUCCUUCUUCCUGUCACCACUGGGGUGGUUCCGGUGCACUUGCUGAAACUCCGUCACUCUUCUG